GCAAAAGUAAGGUUAAGCGUCUGAAAGAAUGUCGGCAGAAGAACAGUCAGAUUUGCGUCUAGGACCUGAUCCUAAUGUCAGUUAUCCGAUUCAAGUACAAUACUGCGGAAACUGUUCUCUUCCUAUUGAGUACUGUGAAUAUUAUCCAGAGUAUGAAAAAUGUAAGCAGUGGCUAGAAAGAAAUUUACCAACAGAAUUCGAGAAAGUGAAAUUAGAAGAUAAUACUACAGAAGCAGGUGGAGGUGAAGAUGAAAAGAAACGACAAAAACGUGGUGGUAAAGGUAUGCUUAAGACAAAGAAAAAAGAAGAUGUUCCAAAAUUAGUAACUGUAUCUAGAGCACCCAGAGGAAAAAAGAAAUCUGUUACAGUUGUAACUGGUCUCAGCACUUUUGACAUAGAUUUAAAAGUAGCUGCAAAAUUUUUUGGUAGUAAAUUUGCAUGUGGAUCUAGUGUAACAGGAGAUGAUGAAAUAGUCAUUCAAGGAGAUGUAAAAGAUGAUCUAUUUGAUGUGAUUCCAGAAAAAUGGCCACAGAUUGAUGAAGAUUCCAUAGAUGACCUUGGAGAUCAGAAAAGAUAA